AUGGGACGUCCUCCAACUAGCGGCUACUGUCAUACCUGUCGACGAAGACGGGUCAAGUGUGACAAAGCUCGACCUGCAUGCGAGAGAUGUCUGAAAUCCGGCCACAAAUGUCUGGGCUACGAAUUGCCUCUCCGCAUGCAAAACUUUGCCGCCACUGGAGAUGCUGGUGGUAGUCAACAACUAGUCAGAGUCUCAAACACGAGCUCGAGCACUGUCAUUCACCAGAACAUCGUCCCAGAGCUUCCAUUCACAGCUUUUCGUAACCGGAUGGCCUUUUCCCAUCUUGUAGCGCACUACCGCUGGGCUCCGUUCUGGAAACCUCUCUUUCGAAUGUCAUUAGACGGAGAGCUAGAUUCAGAUGUGGCCAGAGCCGAUUAUACGGGAAGCCUGGCGACCGCGCUCGGCUUCAUGGGACAUUCUGUCAACGAGCCGAGCAUGGUGGCCGAGGGCUACGAGUUGAAUGGCAAGGUAAUCAGAGCGUUACAUCACGCUGUGUCAGCGAAGUCCAAUCAGGAGUUGGCGAGGUGGGCCUUCACAAUCAUUAUCCUUAGUCUUUACCAAUAUGCGGUAGAGAACGUGCCCAACGUUCCUCACUAUUACGGCAUGUCGAAAAUUAUAGAAAUGUGUGGGCCAGAGUGCUUUCAGCAAGAGCCAAUGUUGACCUAUCUACGCCAAAUUCGGGCACUUCAUGCGUGCAACUCCUUCAAUGAACAUGAUCACUCUUUCUUUGAAAAAACGAGGUGGAAAACUAUCCCAUGGCGAUAUAUAUCCAAGACCUCCCACGACCUGCUGAUGGACAUUUUCGUCGAUAUUCCCGGUCUCACUCUUUCCAUCGCAUCACGCAAUCGACCGUUAUUCAACAACGAGAUAGAGGCCGCCCGUGACAAGAUUGAUCAGCUUCUCAGGGAUCUACGUGAUUGGAGAUGGCGCUGGAAGUGCGACAAUCCAGAUGCUGCAAGAGAAGCUGAUAUGCCUCUUAACGAAGAGGUGGAAGAUGUUUUAUUGCCUUGGGCCAAGACGUUGGCGUCUAGGCCAAUCGAGGUGAAGACACCGGAACAGGCUGCCGAGCUCAUCAUCUACAAUGCUUCAAUCACGCAGCUUAUGAAUUUGCAAGUUUUGUUGGACACGGGCACGCGGCAUCCAAUGCCAUUCCCUGAAGAUAUCGACGAAACCAUUCUCAAGCCAGCGGAAGAUCCUCUUUACACGCCGAAUGAAGUCAAAUAUAGGUGGCAGCCAUCCAUGGAGGGCUUGAGGCUCAUGAGGCUGGCACCGAAGCUCUUAUCUGUUAGCAACGGUACCUCCGUAAUGCUUGCUGCAUCGCCCAUCGGAAUCAUAUACAACUCCCUCCUGGCUACCGAAGGUCUUGGAAAUCUAUUUCUGUCAACGAUGGCGGUGCCGAGUGAUUAUACGAUCACAAAUAGAGAGCUUUCUGUCUUUCGCUUAUGGUAA